CCGAUCCCUUGUAUCACUUCCCUGCAGAACAGAGAUUGGGAUUGAGGCCGAUCACAAGCAUUCGAAUCUUAUUCAUUCCGUGUUAACUUUUAUUUGGUGUUUUUAUUCCAUUGGAUUGGCAUCAUCUGAGGGAACCAUGGCUUGGGUGAGCAGUUGAAGGUGGUGUAUUGGCUUGACCCAUAGCCAUGGCUGGAAUGCGACACUUGCUGAUUAUUUUGAUUGUUUAUUUUCAGCAAGUUGACUGUGCCCGCGGUUUACCCGAGAAUAUUAGAAUUGCUGGGCUCUUCGAAAGUGGAGAUGAAGGCCUAGAGUUAGCAUUCCGUCAAGCUGUGGAUCACGUAAACGCAGACACUAAUGUAUUACCUACGAGUAGACUGCAGGCACAAAUUGAAAGACUUGAAAGACAUGACAGUUUUACAGCGUCCAAAAAAGUAUGUGAGCUAUUGGGAGGAGGCAUGGCAGCUGUCUUCGGCCCACAAUCUACAGAAUCUAGUAGUGCAGUACAAUCUACAUGUGCGGCACUUGAAGUACCACAUAUACAAACUAGAUGGGAUUAUAGAACAAAGCCCAGUCAGCAUACAGUGAAUCUUUAUCCACAUCCCAGUGCAUUAGGCUUAGCUUACUUGGCCUACGUCACUGAGAAGCAGUGGAAACAGUUUGCCAUUUUAUAUGAACAUAAUGAUGCCUUAAUUCGACUGCAGGAAUUGCUGAAGGAUCCUGUAAUAAAACAAAGACGUGUUAUAGUCAGGCAAUUCGAAGAGGAGAAAGACUAUCGGAAAACGCUGAAAGAGCUAGGCAGAAAAGGCAUCAAGAGCUUUGUUGUAGACGUAGAUGUACAAAACGUGCAUACACUUUUAAGGCAUGCGCAAAAGGUGGAUAUGUUAACAGAAUAUUUUAAUUAUGUCAUUACAACACUAGAUAUACACACUGUGAAUUUGGAAGACUUUCGCUACAUCGGGACAAAUAUCACUGGUUUCCGAGUGGUGGAUGAAGAGGCCUCGGAUUACCAAGAAAUUGUCCAAGACUGGAGAUCUGGUCCAGUCACCGGAAAAGUACCAGAUCUUGAUCCAGCUCUUUAUGAAAAGAAUUUUACGACGGAAGUCGCGCUGAUGUAUGACGCGGUUUGGACUUUCGCGACAGCACUGAACACAUUAGAGAAAGGUCAGCGCCUGCAGCUCAAAUCCGUCUCUUGUGACGAAGAGAAGCCUUGGUCUUAUGGUCUGCAACUUGCUAGACACUUGAGAGGAGUGGAGCUGCGUGGGCUGACGGGUCGCAUUGUGUUUGAUGAAAACGGUCAGCGCACUAAUUUUACUGUCAAAGUUACAGAUCUUACGCAUUUGGGCUUAAGAGAAGUUGGGGAAUGGGAACACAAUUCUGAUGGAAAAAUCCGCAAAACGGGUAACUACACGAGAGUUGAAGACGUAUCACACAGCCUCAGGAAUAAAACGCUUAUCAUCACAACCAUUUUGAAUGGACCCUACAUGAUGAAAGUAGAGGACGAGAACGGGAUUAGAUAUGAAGGCUUUUGUGUGGAUUUGAUCCAAGAAAUCGCUGACGAUUUGAAAUUUCAAUACCAAAUCAAGGAAGUGGAUGAUGGCAGCUAUGGUCGAAAGAACGACAUUGGAGAAUGGAAUGGAAUGAUUCGAGAACUAAUAGAUGGGAAGGCAGACAUGGCUAUUGCCGAUCUCACUAUAACAUACGUAAGGGAAGAAGCAGUUGAUUUCACUAUGCCCUUCAUGAAUUUAGGCAUUUCUAUUUUGUUCAAGAAGCCAACAAAAAAAGUACCAAAAUUAUUUUCAUUUCUCUCUCCACUCUCCAUCGAGGUAUGGCUCUAUAUGGCUACUGCCUUUUUGGGCGUGUCUCUCUUCUUAUUUAUUGUGGCUCGAUUCAGUGCCUAUGAAUGGGUGAAUCCUCAUCCAUGUGAAUUAGAACCAGAAGAAUUAGAAAAUCAGUUUACUCUAUUAAAUACCCUCUGGUUUACAAUAGGUUGUCUUAUGUGUCAAGGCUGUGAUAUCACGCCAAGGGCAAACUCAACGAGAAUGAUUGCCGUCAUGUGGUGGUUCUUCACAUUAAUCAUGGUAUCAUCUUACACAGCGAAUUUGGCAGCGUUCUUAACCGUAGAGAGAUUGGCCUCACCUAUCGAAAGUGCUGAGGAUCUCGCCAAACAAACCACUAUUCCAUAUGGAUGUGUAGCAUCUGGUUCAACUCAGUCAUUUUUCAAGGAGUCCGAGUUUCCUACUUAUAAACGUAUGUGGUCUUUCAUGGAAUCACAACGUCCAUCGGUAUUUAGUGAUAACAAUCAGAAAGGUGUAGAAAGAGUAAAGAAAGGCAACUAUGCUUUUCUCAUGGAAUCCACUACCAUCGAAUAUAUCAUCGAAAGGAACUGUGAACUGACACAAGUGGGAGGUCUACUUGAUUCCAAAGGUUAUGGGAUCGCAACGCCUCAUGGAUCUCCUUAUCGGACUCACUUGUCUUCAGCUAUCCUGAAACUUCAGGAAGGAGGUCAGCUGCAUGUCCUCAAAGAACGUUGGUGGAAAAGGAAGAGGCUUACUCAAAAGUGUGCUAAAGAUGACGCCACUGGCUCGAGCUCAGCUUCAGAAUUGGGGCUGGCGAACGUUGGUGGCGUCUUUUUGGUUCUUAUAUGCGGAGUCUCCGUUGGAUGCAUCAUAGUUGUGUUCGAGUUUAUAUGGAAAGCCAGAAAAGUCGUCAGUGAAGAGAGGGAGUCAAUUUGUGCACAACUUUGCCGAGAAUUCAAGUUUGCAAUUUUCUGCGGAGGUUCUACGAAACCUAUGAAGCGUGAUGAAGAUAACGCUGGUAAUUCAACGCCGCACCAAGAAAAUGGUCUACCUUUCAUGCCCAUGCCCGGAUUCUCUUCUUCCAGUCCCUCUAAAGGAUUUGCCUCCUGACAUGAGGCCCCCCUGGUGCAGCCCUUAGUAAAGGAUCCCGAGGGCUCCACGUACUAUAGGUACGGCAGGGGGACAGGCUCUGAUGUAUAAACUAUUAUUUGAUGGAUCCACUGACUCUUUUGAAAACGGAGUUCUUAACGAUGAUGCUUCGACAAAUGGUAUUAAUACUUCCAGUGACUAAGUACUCUUUAAUUAUAACUUACAACAUACAACUUUUGAAAUAACAAUGGAUACAAACCAAUGCAGGGUAUAACAAAACUAAUGACCAUAAUUGUGAGAGGUGAACGGAAAACGAAACAAUCACCGUACAAUGUGGGGAAGUUAAAUCAAAGAUCGGUUUAAUGUUUCAUUUCUAUAAUGCGAUUGUGGAGCGGGGUGAGUAGGCCGGGUCAUUGCUUUUACCAUCUGUUUUCUGAUAUAAAUUAUGAUGUACAGAUGCGUUAGAAGUAGUUUCAGAUCAUUAUUGACCCAAUAAAGAACCAUUUCCACGUUAACGUGGAAAUUCUUACCGAGCAAGUAAGACUGAGAGAUCGUAACAAAUAAAACGUAGCAGCAAUAUUAAGAUGAAAAAUUGCUUCUUAGGAGGUAAAUUAUAGUUAUUAUCUUAAUAAGUUUAUCUAGAUCUGAAGUCAGAGGAUGAGAUUUUAACUCAACAUUGAAAUCGAAUUCUCAGAAGCUCCUGGUUUCUUCAGGAAAUAAUUUAUACCACUUUUUUACCACUUGUACGAACCGUGAAAUUCUGCCCGAGCUAGCAUGGUCCUUAAGGUAUUAAAUUUUAUUCUUAAACCGUCUUCAUUAACCCAUAAGUGUAACUCUAGAGUGACGUUAGCAACAGAACAUAACUUAAAGACCUUAAUAUUUUUUCCAGACGCUACUUUCAUAAAGAAAAGCAUUGACUAUGUUUGGUCCUUCUUUUGGCGGCCCUGAUCUGUUACGCCUAGAUAUUUCUUUUCCAGCGAUGUCAAAAAAGGCUUAGAUUACUCGAUAUACAUCGAAUAAACAAAGGAUGCCACAUGAGUUAACGUCAUAGUUUCAGACGUGAAUGACAUACAAAUAAUCUGUGAAAAUUCACAUAGUACUCCCUGCAAGGUGAAACGUUUUCAUAGUACUUUCCGAAUGGUGAAAUAUUUUCACAGUAACGCAUGGCAUGACACGUUUACAUAGUAUCCUUCACACGGUAACAUGUUUACAUAGUACCUUCCGAAUGGGGAAACAUUUUCAUAGCACACUCUGCAUGUCGUAACGUGUUUAUAUUACCUUUCGCAUAGUGAAACAUUUUUUUGGUAUAUUCCGAAAGAUGACACAUUUACAUAGUACUUUAUAACGGGUUACGUUUGUUCAGUACCCUCCACCUCCAAUUUAAAGCCAAUAUUGGAUUAUGAUGGUUACAUCUCAAACGAGGAAUUGUUGUGAAGUUUUCAAUAAUAGAGAAUCUUUGAGUUUAUUUUUCACAGUGCAGUCUUCCUUUUGCAUUCCGAUCCCCAUUGUACGGUGACAGUUGACAUAUUUUAUAAUCUCUGUCAGUUGUGGCCAUUCGUUUUCUUUACACUGUGUAUAUUAUUUAAUUGAAAAGGAAGAAUAUGCUUAGAAUAUCCAAUAUUGGAUAUUGGUCAAUAGUUACGCUCCGAGAGACUAUGAAAAUGGAAUAAAUACAGCAAACUUUGUUUAGAAUUUUAAGAUAUGUUAACUAAGCGUUUUUGAAUAGGAUUCAAUAAUUUCUUUCUAUUUGUCUCUAUAUUAUACUUUGAAACCUUUAUUACUAAAAAAAUUCUUGGUUAUUCACAAAUCUUGAUAUUAUUAUUUAAAUGUACUCAUUAUUUAUAAAUAAAUUGUUUAAAUAUUUUAUUACCUUACUCCGUAGAGUUAUGUACAUGGUAUUAUGCAAUAAGAAGGCAGAAAUACAUUCUGUAUAAACAUACGAAACUUGAUUUUAGACAAAUACUUGUUCAUUUUAUAUUAUUUCAAAAGAAACUAUAAUUUUUUAUGAUAAACCAUAAGCAAUUCACCAAUUUACAAUAAAUCAAUAAAAAUAGGUGUUUAAAAAAUUUGAUUGCCUUAAAUUUGCUUGCAAAAAAGUGUAACUAAACCUAGUAUAAAAAAAUUGUUAUGUGAUAGACAUAAAAAAUCAGUGAAAUAGAGCUGGGAUAACUCUAGUUUAAUAAAAGAAAAUAGAUUGGUUGUUUGAUUAAUUAAUCUAACAAGUAAAACAUUAAGACACAUUUAAACUGCAAAAAUUUAAAAAUAACAUUGCAAAAUGCAUUUACAUGUAUAUAUAUCACAUAUAUAUACUUGGUAUAAAAGAUGUUUUGGCAUUUAUUUUGUCAUAAUGUAAGACGUUGAUGAUUUUAGAGUGAUAAUAAAAACAAUUUCAAUAUUUCUGAUUAGUUAGUAGCUUAACAUUUAAAUAAGACUGCAUAAAUAGUUUAAAAUUACAUAAUACGUUGACUUUCAAAUAGUAGAUGAACGAGAUAUCAUGAUAAUGAGAAGAACUAAAUAAUCCUUGGCUAAUACUGGAAGAUUAAAGUUUACCAAAAUUAUGCAAAAACAGUAGAGUAGAUAAAAUUAAUAGUCUUAAUAAAUAUAUUUUUUAAAGAAAUUUAUUCUAAUGUAACUCAAAACUACCUUUAAAUAUAGAAAUAAAGUUAGAGUAAUAUUUAAAAAUUAAUAUAUUCUAGAUAUAAUAUUAAAAAAAAUGUUUGACAUACUAUUGCAAAGAUAUUCCGAAAGAAUUAAUAUACUAAUUAACGUAUAAAACAAACUUAGUUCCGUUUCAUUGGGUAUUGCUUAGAUUGUAAUAUGAACAUUUAAUCAAAAAUAAUUAAAUUUUUAAUUUUUUGACAAUAUAAAAAAAGAUUUUUUUCCUUUAGAAAAUUAAUUAAAAAAUUGGAUUUAUUUAUUGAAUUUGAAUGUAAAAAAAAUAGUUCAUAUGUUGUAAAUUUGACUUAACUACCAUGUUUUUUUUCUCAUUUGCAGAAUAAUAUAUGUAAUUUUUACAAUUAAAUAUUUUUCUUUACUGUUGUAUUUCUAGUAAAUGUUUAUCCCAGUAUUCCAGUUAAAAAAAUGGUUAUUAUUCGCUUGUUCCAACUCAUUAAUGUUACUAAUGAAAAAAUAUAUUGUUUCAGUUACUAAUGAAACAAAAUUCGAAUAAUAUGACUUUAAACUUUUUGACUAUAACAUCGCUAACACGCUUAUGCUUUUUAUUAUGCUGUAAUUUUUUCAAGCAGCAGAAUUUAGAGUUUCCUCUAAAAUUUAUGACAAAAUUUACAAACAAACUAACAAGUGAUGUCAUGAAGAUCAGAUAAGUUGUCAUAUAUUAAAGUUUGUAACAUCUUUUGAAAGUCGAUUGGGGUUCGCCCUAGUAAAGAAAAUUUGCCCGAGUCCAUUAUCGCAAAGCUC